CGAUGCUUCAAGCAACCUAGGAAGAUACCACUCACAAUGGCUCCCAGAAGAAAAUCCCAACCGCCUACGCCCGCAUCUGCUCUCGAGCAAUUACACCAGUCGCGAUCUCUGAGACUCCUCGCUCUAGCAGAGACCUUGUCGCCGAAAGACCUACCACAAUCGGCUCAGAAGCGCAGCUCCGCAGUUUCAGACGACAGUGAGCAGAAUGGCGAUACGCAUCCGGCAGCCUUGGAAGCAGACCUGACACACUAUAAGGAACUCUUCAGCAAGCUGCGGUUCAGCUACGUCGAGCAGGUCACCAAAGAGAAAUUCCUGCGAGGUAUAACAGACAACCCACCGCGCCUAGUCGAAGCUGCCGAGAACGAUGAGAAAGAGAAGGAGAUUCUAGCCCUCAAAGCUAGCUUGAAGGAACGGAAACUGGAGGUCGCAGAGAUCCUGAAACAACUGGAAGAGAAGGGACGAGAGCUUGCGCUACGCUAUGAGGGCGUGCAGCUGCGGACACAACAGCUGGAGUCUUUGCCAACGGAGAUAGAAGGCUUGGAAGCGAAUAUUGAGCGGCUAAAGCAGGAGCAAACGCCGCCGUCGAAUAACCCGGAACUGGGCCUGCCGUUGCCGGAGACAUUGAGGUUGCUUCAGCAGCGGGAAGCGGAUCUGGCAGCAUUGAAUGCACAGCUUUCGAUGUUGCAGUCGGCGCUGCCGAAUCGGACGCGCGAAUUGGAGAAGCUGGAACGGGAACUGAAGCCAUUGGAGACACAAAAGCAAGGAACUGUAGCAGCGGCGAAGGAGGCAAGGCGAAGGCGAGAGGAGGGCGGCGGUAUCGGGGAUGAGCUGGAGGAGAGGGGGCGGUGGCUCAGGGCUUCUGAGAAGGCGCUCAGGGAGAUGCUGGAAGUGGAUGGGUAAUCGGUGAGAUGCCGGGAUGGGAGGGUAGAGGGACGGCUGGGCUACACGACCUACUUCUAUAUGGAGUUCCGGAUAGGGUGGAUAAUUAUGAUACCAAGGGUUCGAAGUACGGUUUGCUUAGUUGAAAUAGCU